CACCCCCCCACAGAGCAGAGAGCGUGAAAAAUCUCACUAAUGGGUUUAUUUUCUGUCAGAUCUUCACCGAUGCGUCAGUCCACUGGAGCAUUCCCUCGGACUCAUUUCAUAGUUGAGUAAGUCGUGGAGCGGCGGUCGAACCAGAGCCGCGGCGUUCUCAUCCAAACGAGCAGAUAAAGCCGUCGGAAGUUCUCAGAUCUCCUAGAAUUCCUCAGAUCUCCUUCCAGGCCCCGGCGAUUGUUUUUUUUUUUUCGUUGACAAUAUGAGGUGCGGAGUAGGGCCCUGGGCGAUAGCGGCUGCGUUGUUCUGGACUUUGAUUUUGACCGGAGUGGAAGCCAAAAAGGAGAGGAAGAAGCUAAAAGAAGGAGCUCCUCAGCACACGGAGAACUUCAACGCGACGGUGUCCAACAGCGAGGAGGUCGGAGGAGCCGGCAAGGUGUCGGAGCAGCAGAGGGUGGACCCUCUGGGGUCGUGGAUGGACUUUGUGAAGCGGCCAGUCGGGAAUUUUCCUGCAAAAUGUCGCAAAAGGAAAAGGCCUCUGCCAGGUCCCCCCGGUCCACCCGGCCCCCCAGGACCACAGGGCCCUCCUGGAGCUCCAGGUGCAGAGGUCACUCAGGAGGUGCUGCUGCAGGAGUUUAAACAGAUGAUUAAAGAGGCGUCUGAGAGGAGAGCCUUGACCCUGGACAGAGCUGGUCCCAGUCAGCUGCCCGCUCCUCUGCUCCCCCUAGAGGCCAUGACGUCAUACCGCCGCAUAGAGGAGGCCUUCCACUGUAAACUCAAAGGACCCGUGCUGGUGGACAAGAAGACACUGGCCGAGCUGCAGAACUUUCAGACACCCCCAGCCAAAGGAGCGUUCUUGAGAGGAGCUGGUAUGGACCAAACCACAGGCAGAUUCACAGCCCCCAUCACCGGAAUCUACCAGUUCUCUGCAAACGUCCACAUCGAUCAUAAUGAAGUGAAGAGGAGCAAGAGUCAGCUGAAGGCGCGGGACAAUGUUCGAGUCCUGAUCUGCAUCGACUCGCUCUGCCACAGAUACACAUCUCUUGAAAUGAUCGUGGGAUUAGAAAGUAACAGCAAGAUAUUCACCGUGAGUGUGCAAGGGCUGCUGGAGCUGCAGGCUGGACAGUACACCUCCAUAUUUGUGGACAACGCCGCCGGGGCCUCCAUCACGAUACAGAACGGCUCCGACUUCAUGGGCAUGCUGCUCGGGGUAUAGCCAAUGCUCCAAACCGUGGGACUCUUUGGAUUUUUAAUCAUUUCCCAACGGACUUCUUCUGAGCAUCCCCACAUCCUCAACAAACAAAAACAGGACAUGAGAGCUACAGUGAACUUUCAGGAGACUUUUUGAACGGUGAAAAAGACAUUACAUGGACUUUUGGACAUUUUCUUGGACACUUCAGUGAGGUAC